AUGCACCCGCUGCUUGUUUGUGUUUCGGCGCUUUGCUUCUGUCGGCUUUGUGGAGCGGGGACUCCACUUUGCCGGGAUUGCCGGGUGAAUGUCAUAUAUCCGGAUGCGGAAAAAGUGCCGGAGCAAGUGCCAAAAAGUCAACGAAUAGUGCGCAUCAUCAACGAAUUCAGGCGAAUCAGCAGGGAAGAAUUGGAACGCAGAGAUCAAAUCAGGACGCAUAACUUGCAGGCCAAGGAUCUCCGCUUUAUAGCGAAGGUGAAGGUCGGGAACUCCACUCGAUGCAGUGCAGCCUUGGUGGCCCCCAGCUUGGUGAUCAGCUCCAGUGUUUGCUUUCGAAAUGAGAGCCCCCAGCAAAUUGAAGUACUUUUCACUGGUGGGAAAAAGUUCGAAGUGGAUAACGUAGUUAAAGCGGAGUUCUGUCCCGAACUCAUCCUGCUCCACCUGAAAACUCCUACUGCAAUAAAUCCGAUAAACAUAAGCCAUCAGAGCCUGCAGUUGGGCGAUAAUGUCUCCAUGAUGAUGGCCAGUCCAGAUCUGAGUUUUUAUGGCCGUCGGCGCACUAAAAUCAUUUCGAAUCGUGCCUGCAAGUCAACUUUUAUGGAGGAGGAGUCUGUUUUCAUAACACCCAAUAUGGUGUGUGCUAAGAACUCCAUUACUCCGGAGAAAUGUGCCACUUUUCCCGGAGAUGCUUUGCUGAUGGACCACGAAUUAAGUGGCUUGAAUAUUUAUGGAUUUCGUUGUUUUUUAAACGCACUCAAUGGAGAUUUUUAUAUUAACCUUAGUAAACUGCAGCCGAUGAUCAGUGAUUUGAUACGGAAACUUAAUGGUUAAAAGCUGAAAAUUUUAACUGAAUCGAUUAGAUACAGAUAAGAACUAUUUAUCAAAGUGAACGGAUUUCUAUUUGAAAGCCAUUAUGCAGCUAAAGAGUCUGCU